CCCGGUCCCCCGGUAGGGCCCCGGUGCUGCCCCGGUGGCCAUGGCGCCCUGGCUGCCCACCAAGGACAAGCUUGGCGUGGCCGUGUGGAACUUCCCGCGCACCAAGGAGCAUCACCUGCCGCUGCAGAUUGGGGAGAUGGUGCACAUCCUGCAGGCCUCCGAGGGCUGGUACUGCGGGUACUCGCUCCGGAACAGGGCUGCCCGGGGCAUCUUCCCUGCCUCGCUGAUCCGGCUGAAGGGCACCACGGUGGAGCAGAGGGGGCUGGAGGAGAGCGCGGUGCCCUCCGACAUGCCCAUGGUGCAGGAGAUCACCACCACGCUGCGCGAGUGGGCCACCAUCUGGAAGCAGCUCUACAUGGCCGGGCAGACGGAGCGCUAUGGGCAGGUGAAGAGGAUGAUGCAGGAACUGAUGGAGCAGCGCUCGCAGCUGCUCUCGGGGACGCUGCCCAAGGACCAGCUCCUGAGGCUCAGGAAGGAGGUCACCGGCAGGAUGGACUAUGGCAACAAGAUCCUCGCCCUGGACCUGGUGGUGCGGGAUGAGGACGAGAACAUCCUGGACCCCGACAGGACCAGCGUCAUCAGCCUCUUCCAGGCUCACAGGAGGGCGGCACAGACCCUCAGCCAGCGCCUCCAGGAGGAGACGAGCUCGCAGCAGAGGGCACCGGGCCACGGCGCCCACGGGGCUGCUUCGCCCUCCCACAACCUCUACCUGUGCGUGCGGAACUUCGUGUGCCACAUCGGGGAGGAGGCGCAGCUCUUCAUGGCGCUGUAUGACCCCGGCGAGCAGCGCAUCAUCAGCGAGAACUACGUGAUCCGCUGGGCCAGCACCGGCGUCCCGCAGGACAUCGAGCUGCUCAACAACCUCAGGGUGGUGUUCACGGACCUGGGCAGCGCGGACCUGAAGCGGGAGCGGCUGUUCCUGGUGUGCCAGAUCAUCCGCGUGGGGCGCAUGGACCUGCGCGACAGCCACAGCCGCAAGCUCAGCACGGGGCUGCGCCGGCCCUUCGGCAUCUCAGUGAUGGACAUCACCGACAUCGCCAGGGGGACGUGUGACAGCGACGAGGACAAGCAGCACUUCAUCCCUGUCCACCUGGUGGCAGCUGAUGGCGAUUUCCUUCACACCAUGAUCCGGAAAGCGGUGGAGGGCAAGGACAUCAACCACAAGGGACAAGGGCUCUGGGUGUCCCUGAAGGUGCUCUGGGGUGACCUGAGCCAGGUGAGGAAGGAUCACCCGCACCUGGUGGACCGCAGCACGGCCGUGGCUCGCAAGCUGGGCUACCCGGAGGUCAUAAUGCCAGGUGAUGUCAGGAACGACAUCUACCUGACCCUGGUGCAGGGUGAGUUCGACAAGGGCAGCAAGAAGACGCAGAAGAACGUGGAGGUGACAGUGUGUGUGUGUGACGAGGCAGGAAACAUGGUGCAGAACGUGAUCCACGCGGGAGCAGGGGACAGCCCCAGCAGCCUCUACCGCUCUGUUGUCUACUACCAGCAGCGGCACCAGCGCUGGAUGGAGACCCUCAAGAUCGCUGUCCCCAUCGAGGACGUGCACAGGACCCACCUGAGGUUCACCUUCCGCCACCGCUCCUCCAGCGACUCCAAGGACCGGAGCGAGCGGAUUUUCUCCAUGGCCUUUGUGAGGCUGAUGCGCCCCGAUGGCACCACGCUGCGGGAUGGGGAGCACGACCUGGUGCUCUACAAGGGUGACAGCAAGAAGCUGGAGGAUGCCAGCGCGUACCUGUCGCUGCCCUGGGAGCGGAACGCGCCCGAGCCGCGGCUCCUCUCGGGCUCCUCCUUGCGAGUGAGCGGGGCCGCGGCCGCCCUGGCCCCGUCCGGCCGGGACAGCUUCCAAAUCUCCACGCUGGUCUGCUCCACCAAGCUGACCCAGAACGUGAACCUGCUGGGGCUGCUCAAGUGGCGCUCCAAGCCCAGCCUGCUCUGUGGGAACCUCCAGAAGCUGAUGAACGUGGAUGGAGGAGAGGUCAUCAAGUUCCUGCAGGACACGCUGGACGCCCUGUUCUCCAUCAUGAUGGAGCACUCAGACACCGAUGUCUAUGACACCCUCGUGUUUGACGCCCUGGUUUUCAUUGUCAGGCUGGUGGCUGACAGAAAGUUCCAGCAUUUCAACACAGUCCUGGAGGCCUACAUCAGGCAGCACUUCAGUGCCACGCUGGCCUACAAGAAGCUGCUGGCGGUGCUCACUCAGUACGUGGAGCAGGCGGGCCGGGGCGAGCCCUGCGAGUCCCUCCCGCGCACCUUCAAAGCCCUGGAGUACAUCUUCAAAUUCAUCGUGCGCUCCCGCCGCCUCUUCGCGCAGCUCUACGAGGGGAAGGAGGUGGCCGAGUUCCAGCGCUCCCUGCAGCGCUUCUUCCUCGCCCUCAACCAGCUGAUGCAGUCCCCGCUGGAGGGUCCCACCCUGCUCUCCCAGGGAGCAGCUCUGAAGUACCUGCCCUCCAUCCUCGAGGACGUGUUUGGGAUCUUUGACUCCUCCACGCUGGGGGCCGUGCUGAGGGACUUUGUGGGGAACCUGCAGCCCCAGCGCCUGCUGAAGCAGAAGCUGCAGUGCCUGACUGACAUUGCCAGCAGCAAAGCCUUCCAGUGCCACGAGUGCAGGGAGCUGGUGCUGCAGGCAGCCCUGCCCAUCCUGCAGGAGCUGAUCCAGGCAGGGGAGGAGGAGGACGCCUGCAUCGAGCUGCUCAGCAGCAUCCUGGAAGUUCUCUACCAGGCCCAGAAGGCACAGGUGAAGAAACACAUCCAGGUGAUCCUGGAGCGGCUGCUCCACACGGUCAAUCGCAGGGUGAUCGUCCUGGACCGGGAGAACCCGCUGAGGAGCCACUACGUGGCCUGCAUGGCCACCAUCCUGAGCCAGAUGGACAAGGACCACUACAGCACCUACAUCCAGGGGUUCCCCUCCCGGCCCGAGCUGAUGGACUUCCUCAUGGAGACUUUUAUCCUCUUCAAGGACCUGAUCGGGAAGACGGUGUACCCUGGUGACUGGGUGGUGAUGAACAUGGUGCAGAACCGGGAGUUCCUGCGUGCCAUCAACCACUUUGCCACCACCUUGACCGAGAUGUUCCUGAGCGACAGCGACUUCGAGCUGCAGCUUUGGAACAAUUAUUUCCACCUGGCCGUGGCUUUCCUCACGCAGGACUCGCUGCAGCUGGAGAAUUUCUCCCCGGGCAAACGCAACAGUAUCCUGGCCAAGUACGGGGACAUGAGAGCCACCAUCGGAGCAUCCAUCCGGGACAUGUGGUACAGCCUCGGGCAGCGCAAGAUCGAGUUCAUCCCGGGCAUGGUGGGUCCCAUCCUGGAGAUGACGCUGGUGCCGGAGCUGGAGCUGCGCAAAUCCACCAUCCCCAUCUUCUUCGACAUGAUGCUGUGCGAGCACCGCCUCAGGGGCAGCUUCACCAGGUUUGAGGAUGAGAUCCUGCGCAGGCUGGACAGCGAGGUGGAGGGCGGCCGCGGGGACGAGCAGUACAUGCAGCUUUUCAAGAGCAUCCUGCUGAGCUGCUGCCAGAGCCACCCCGAGCUGGCCAAGCCUGGAGAGGACUUUGUGAGGCUGGUGAGCGAGCUCCUGGAGCGGCUCCUGGACUACAGGGCUGUCAUGAAUGACGAGAACAAGACCUACAGCAUGAGCUGCACCGUCAACCUGCUGAACUUCUACAAGGAGAUUGACCGCCAGGCCAUGUACAUCAGGUACCUGUACAAGCUGAAGGACCUGCACAUCAGCUAUGAGAACUACACGGAGGGAGCCUACACGCUGCUGCUGCACGCCCGGCUGCUCACGUGGUCAGAGGAGUCCAAUGCAGCCCCUGUGCCAGGCCCACACGGGCUCCAGCUGCACACUCAGCGCCAGCUGAAGGAGGCUCUGUACAACCAGAUCAUCGAGUACUUCGACCAGGGCAAGAUGUGGGAGGAAGCCAUCCACAUCUGCAAGGAGCUGGCGGAGCAGUACGAGAGCCACGUGUUCGACUACGAGAUGCUGAGUGACAUCCUGCAGCGAGAGGCAAAGUUCUAUGAGAAGAUCCUGAAGGUGCUGCGACCCAGCCCGGAUUACUUUGCUGUGGGGUACUAUGGGCAGGGCUUCCCCACCUUCCUCAGGAACAAGGUCUUCAUCUACCGGGGCAAGGAGUACGAGCGGCGUGAGGACUUUGAGAUGCAGCUGCUGAGCCCCUUCCCCAACGCUGAGAAGCUGAAGAGCACAUCUCCCCCUGGCCAGGACAUCACUGACUCCCCAGGGCAGUACAUCCAGUGCUUCACCGUGCAGCCGGCAGAGGAGUCCAAGGUGCGGCUCAGGGGCCGCAGCAUCCCGGAGCAAAUCACCAACUUCUACAAAGCCAACCACAUCCAGAGGUUCAGCUACUCCCGGCCUUUCAAGAGGGGCCCGAGUGAUCCCGACAAUGAAUUUGCUAACAUGUGGAUUGAGAGGACGACCUUCAGGACAGCCUAUCCCCUGCCGGGCAUCCUGCGCUGGUUCGUUGUCACCUCCACUGACACGAUCAUCAUCUCCCCCCUGGAAAACGCUAUUGAGACCAUGAUGAAAACCAACGAGAAGAUCAUGAGUGAGAUCAACAGGCACCAGAACGACCCCAGCCUGCCCAUCAACCCUCUGUCCAUGCUGCUCAACGGCAUCGUGGACCCUGCAGUCAUGGGGGGCUUCACCAACUAUGAGAAGGCUUUUUUCCAGGAGCUGUACAUGCAGGAGCACCCUGAGGACGCAGGCAAGAUCGAGAAGCUGAAGGACCUGAUCGCCUGGCAGAUCCCCCUGCUGGCUGAGGGCAUCCGGAUGCACGGGCAGAAGGUGCCGGAGGACCUGCGGCCGUUCCACGAGCGCAUGGAGCAGUGCUUCGAGCAGCUGCGCGCCAAGGUGGAGGCUCAGUACGGGGUGCGAGAGAUGAUGUUCUUUGAGGAGCGGCGGAGCGGCCGACCCCGCUCCAUAGCCUGGGUGCCUGACUGGGACCGCCUGAGCCACGCUGGAGCCAGGCAAGUGCUGCACUGGGGAGUGUGCUGGUCAUCCUCCCUCAUCCCCCUCAGCUGAGCCUUCCUCACUCUGGCCCUGGUGCUUUUCUUCCCCCUUCCCUUUAUGCCAAGUGCAUCUCAGGGGUCUGUCCUGCCAGGUCACCACGGUGGCCUUGUCCCUAUGGGCGGCAUGGAGGAGAGACACCCCAUGUGCUCACCUGGACAAUUGUCACCUGAGCCAUCCAUUCCUGUCCCCCACACCUGCCCUGCUGAGCUCUGCUGUGGCUGGUGCUGAUGCCCGAGUGCAGCCGCUCCCAGUGAUGCUC